UGUUGUCCGUGCUUACGCGGCCGGCCGGCCUGGCUCUGGAGCACGUGACCUGCGAGGAGGCUGCGGCUCAAGGCCAUUUUCAAAUCUCAUUGGCUUGGUUGUCAUGUGGUCGGCAGAGGCAUCCACAAUUACACGGGGAAUGUUUUCCUAGAGAUGUCAGCCUACAAAGGACACAAUCUCUCUUCUUCAAAUUCCUCCCCAAAAUGUCCUUUCCCAACAGCUCUCCUGCUGCUAAUACUUUUUUAGUAGAUUCCUUGAUCAGUGCCUGCAGGAGUGACAGUUUUUAUUCGAGCAGCGCCAGCAUGUACAUGCCACCACCUAGCGCAGACAUGGGGACCUAUGGAAUGCAAACCUGUGGACUGCUCCCGUCUCUGGCCAAAAGAGAAGUGAACCACCAAAAUAUGGGUAUGAAUGUGCAUCCUUAUAUACCUCAAGUAGACAGUUGGACAGACCCGAACAGAUCUUGUCGAAUAGAGCAACCUGUUACACAGCAAGUCCCCACUUGCUCUUUCACCACCAACAUUAAAGAAGAAUCCAAUUGCUGCAUGUAUUCUGAUAAGCGCAACAAACUCAUUUCUGCCGAGGUCCCUUCGUACCAGAGGCUGGUCCCCGAGUCCUGUCCCGUUGAGAACCCCGAGGUUCCUGUCCCUGGAUAUUUUAGACUGAGUCAGACCUACGCCACCGGGAAAACCCAAGAGUACAAUAACAGCCCCGAAGGCAGCUCCACUGUCAUGCUCCAGCUCAACCCUCGUGGCGCGGCCAAGCCGCAGCUCUCCGCUGCCCAGCUGCAGAUGGAAAAGAAGAUGAAUGAAAACGUGAGCGGCCAGGAGCCCACCAAAGUCUCCCAGGUGGAGAGCCCUGAGGCCAAAGGCGGCCUUCCCGAAGAGAGGAGCUGCCUGGCUGAGGUCUCCGUGUCCAGUCCCGAAGUGCAGGAGAAGGAAAGCAAAGAGGAAAUCAAGUCUGAUACUCCAACCAGCAAUUGGCUUACUGCAAAGAGUGGCAGAAAGAAGAGGUGCCCUUACACUAAGCACCAAACGCUGGAAUUAGAAAAAGAGUUCUUGUUCAAUAUGUACCUCACCCGCGAGCGCCGCCUAGAGAUCAGUAAGAGCGUUAACCUCACCGACAGGCAGGUCAAGAUUUGGUUUCAAAACCGCCGAAUGAAACUCAAGAAGAUGAGCCGAGAGAACCGGAUCCGAGAACUGACCGCCAACCUCACCUUUUCUUAGGUCGGAGGGCCGGUGGGAGGCCAGGAUCAGAGAGGGGCACCGCGUUCCAGAGCCCAGUGCUGGAGGACUGGGAAGGUGGAAACAAAACCUUCAUUGCUCUUUGUUUUUUUUGUUUUUGUUUUGUUUUGUUUUCCUGCUAGAAUGUGACUUUGGGGUCAUUCUGUUCGUGCUGCAAGUGAUCUGUAAUCCCUGAGUAUAUAUAUAUAUAUAUAUAUAUAUAUUAAAAAAACUUACCACGUGUAAUUUAUUAUUUUUUCAUCAUAAUGCAGGGUAACUAUUACUGCACAUUUUCAUUUGGGUCUUAACUUAUUGGAACUGUAGAGCAUCCAUCUAACCAUCCAUCCAUCCAUCCAUCCAUCCAGCAAUGUGACCUUUUUCAUGUUUUUUUUUCUAACACAAAAGUUCUCUGUGUGUGGUUAAUCAUGAACUAAUGACAUUUUGAAAACAUCCAGUACUUUUUAAAUUACACACAUAUAUAUAUAUAUUUAAGAAAGAUUAAGAAAACCCACAAGCUUUGGGGGGAGGGGACUUAAAAAGCACAUUACAAUGUAUCUUUUCACAAAUGAAUUUAGCAGUUGUCCUUGGUGAGAUGGAAUAUUGACAACUUAUGCCUUGUAGCCUUUCCCUUGUGGUGCAUCUGUGGUUUGGUAGAAGUACAACAGCAACCUGUCCUUUCUGUGCAUGUUCUGGUAGCAUGUAUAAUGCAAUAAAUUCUGGAAACAAG